CCGCCGUGCGGGCGGCAGCGCGCCCUGACAGCGUCGCCGGGGCAGCGCCCGCUCUCUCCCGGCCCCGCUCCGCCGAGCCCCCCACGCCUCCCCGCUCUGCGCGCCCUCCCCGCCGUGGCGGAGCUCCGGCCGGCCCAGCGCCGCUGUCAGCCGGGCGGGCGCCCCCGGCCCCUCCGGAGAGCUCGGCAGCGCGGCGCCCGGCGCCUCCCCGGUACAUGGAUUACCUGUGUUUUAGAGCACUCUGCUGCAAGGGACCGCCACCACCGCGACCUGAAUAUGACUUAGUUUGCAUAGGCCUCUCUGGUUCUGGCAAGACAAGUCUUCUGUCUCAGCUUUGCAGUGAAAGCCCGGAGAAUAUCGUGUCUACCACAGGUUUCAGUAUAAAAGCAGUGCCAUUCCAGAAUGCCAUCUUGAACGUAAAAGAACUUGGAGGAGCUGACAAUAUCAGGAAAUACUGGAGUCGUUAUUACCAAGGAUCCCAAGGGGUAAUAUUUGUAUUAGACAGCGCCUCCUCUGAAGAUGAUCUAGAAACUGCUAGGAAUGAACUGCAUUCUGCUCUCCAGCACCCACAGUUAUGUACUUUGCCAUUUUUAAUACUGGCCAAUCAUCAAGACAAGCCAGCAGCUCGCUCUGUACAAGAGAUAAAAAAAUAUUUUGAACUUGAGCCGCUUGCACGUGGAAAACGUUGGAUUCUUAAACCCUGUUCCUUGGAUGAUAUGGAGGCAGUAAAAGACAGCUUCUCCCUUCUAAUAAACUUGCUGGAAGAGAGAGACUUCGAACCUUCAAGAAUGUGAAACCCAAGAGAAAGGAGUGGUUCUCCAGACAUCACUGUACUUGCUUAUUCUGCACACAGCUUAAUUAUGGUGUUAUCUCAAGACUGAGCUGUGAUAUGUUGUUCAUACAGAGUUAAUGCAGAGUGUCCUUUUGUUAAAAUAAAUGUUCUGUGAGUCAGGUACACAACUAUUUCUGGUAAUGUUGUCUACACUACUGAAGUAGGAAGUUGCUCUUUGUUUACCACUAUUUCUGCACACUGCAUGUUGCUUUCUUGCUUUGCAAUCAUCCUUGGUAGGGAAUUCUACUCGCACAAAAAUAACCUACUCUGUAAAGGAAGAAUUCCAUGUGUUACCUUGGAUUUUAAAAAGUAACUAAUGUCUAAAGGAUUUGUGGGUUUAAUUUGUAUUAGCUUGUUUACUGACCUCACAGUAUGGAAAAGCACAGCCACUGAGAACCUAGGAUACCUAAAAGGCAAGGAGUUUCCUGUUAAUGCAAAGGUUAUUCCUGAGGUUUUACUAAGUGAAAACACAAUUGACAAGUUAGUUGAGUCCUCUUUUAAAAUCACUGCAUAACCUUGCCAAAGGCAGAACAGUUUCCUGAAAAGAGAAUUAAUAAGCAGAUGUGCACAGAUAACAGUAUUUGGGGAAAGUAGGUGACAUAAACAGGUGAUCUAUGUAAAAAGGUUUUUUUUAGAAA